UUAGGUUUGUUUUCUGAAGAAAAUUAUAGAGUAUCGGACCGAACUAGUUAUAUACACUUCGUAGAGAAAACUUCGGCUUGAAGCCGAAGGGGCAGCCAUGUUGAAUUUUUGGCCUAGCUGUCAUUCUCGGGUGAAAAAAUCUUUUUCACAUUUCGACGAGAUUUGCUGCAAAGCAAAUAUUAAUAUUUUUGCCGGUUGGCCAACUAGUAUAAAUAUAAACCCACAUCGCGUGCAGCCCUUUGUUAUUGUUGUUGCCAAACAUACAUAUACGCGAUUAGCGCGCCGCUUUUCUCUGCGACGGCAGCAGAAAAUCGUGAAUUUAUCGCUUUGGAGCGAAAAUUGCUGCGGAUCCUAAGGCGCCAGACCCAGAGCCCGGAUACGGAACAGAAAUCAUGAGUAGCAGUACGCCGGGGAGCGAAGGUGCCCUGACGAAGGUAGCGACGCCUUCGCCAUCGCCACUGGCCAAAAUGGAAGCGGAUUUUACGAGCUCCAAGUUCGAGAUGCACCCCUCGCUUUCGGACGAGGAACGCCGCUUCUACAUAAAGAUGUACCCCAACGUGGAUCUGGUGAACCAGCGAAGGGUGCACUGCACCGUAUGCAAACUCCACCUGGGCACAGCCCCCGCCGCCGAAAGCAACAUCAAGAUGCAUCCCAUAUUGAGGGUGACGCACUGCGUCAAGUGCCACGAUUUCUACAACAGCGGCGAGUUCUCCAAGGGCGAGGAUGGCUCUGAGCUGUACUGCCGCUGGUGCGGACAGGGUGGCGAGGUAUACUGCUGCUCCACAUGCCCGUACGUCUUCUGCAAGUCGUGCAUUGUGAAGAAUCUUUCCAAGGGCGUCAUCGUGGACAUCGAGCAAAACGAGCACUGGAACUGCUUCAGCUGCACCUCCAAGAUCCUCUGGCCACUGCGCGCCCAGCACUGGGCGCUGGUCAACUACCUUCAGACGCAGAAAAGAGCCCUGCAGACCCUACAGCUUCCCGAGGUGGAGGCCCGACGCCAAAUGCUGAAGGAUAACAGUAACUGCUGCCGCCUGGCCAAGUCGAAAACUAGCAGUUUAUCCGACUCCAUGGAGAGCUUGGAGUCCAAUGUCUCCAAGCGCAGUCAGGGCAGCUCAGGCUCGAGUAAACGAGGAUCCUUGCCCAAAACGAUCCCUUCGGGACCGCCAGCCAAACGUUCAAAAGCUUCCAACGACGAGGUGGUCUGCACACCGGAUUUGCUUAGCAUGCUGGAGCCGGAUUGCCAGCUCUCUGUAACCCCCAAAGCAACUGGCCGUCAGUCGGUGCCAGCGGCGAGUAUCACAACCACUCCGAGAAUUGUUACCGUCCAGCAGAACUACCAACCGGGACCAAGUUCCAGUAACAGCAGCAGCAAUGGAAGCACAAGUGGUUCUUCAUCGGUGCCACCGCCACGUAGUAGCCUGCCACCUCCUCUGGUGCUCAGUGGAUCUGGAAUCCGCUACCGCCAAAAUGCGCCUGGUGGGGUCUCAGGUGUGGUGCGUCGCACUGUAGUCCCCAACUCGGUGAAGACCACUGGGCCAGUCUUUCACACUAUCAAUGGGUUCAAAGUGGAUUUGAAUAGCGCUGCACAACAGGAUUCCUACCGCCUGCCCAACGGUCGACUGAUUCAAGUUAAACGUCAGCUACCCCAGGCCACUCAGCCGGCACCAGCACCACCACCAACACCACCAACACCGCCUGCCUUGGUCGUUCCUCAAGUGGGACCGGGUGUGGUUAUCCGACCGCGCGCUCCGGUUACGUCUAAUAGGCCUUCACUGCAUAUCAGCACAUACGGCUCUAACAUGGGCAUCUAUAACCCGCAGACGAACCAGCAGCAGCGGGCUCCGCAUGUACGAGUUGGAAACGCCAAUCCAGCUCCUCCACCGCUACAAGGUCCUCCGCCCAACGUCAAUGGCGGUCAAACUCUCAUGAUUACUCCAGCACCUCCACCCCCGCCUAAGGUUCCAACUUUGGUACGCCACACCUUCCCAAACACGCCAAUGGGACAGGCACGGGCGCAGCUGCAGGAGCAAAUCUUUAGCGCCAUGGACAUCUGCACACACCUCACCGGCAAAGUGGUAUCCCUUACCCACUCGAACGCCUACAACCAAGUGCGCAGUUAUCUGGAACUGAAGGAGCUAUACAUCCACAUGUCUUAUUUGAUGACCUAUGCGAUUGGGCGGUUCAAGAACUUGCAGGAGAAAUGUUUGGUGGACAUGCGAGAGAAGGGCUUCAAGAAUGACGCCAACAGUCUGGAGAAUGGUCAACUAGCUGCUGAUAAACAAGCCAGCGAUGACGAAGAUAACGAAAUCGAGAUUGUGGAGCCCAAAACGGACACCAUCACCAUUGAUUCGGACAACGACGAUGACACGCCUUCCACCUCGACCGCCACCCAACAGCCUCAACAAGCUGCUAUUAUGAAAAUAACAUCUGUGACAUCGGCGGCGCCGAAAAAAGAACUGCAAGAGAACAACCAGGCCGACAUCGACGUGGCUGCAUUCAGCUCCACGAUAUUGGCCAGCCUGCUGGAAGUGGAGGUCAACGAAGGCGCCAGCGAGCCAAAGCCUGUCUCUCCUGGACAAAAAAAGCAGCCACGCAAGAAGACGACAAAUAAGCCAAACCCGGCACUUUUGCAAUUGGAACGUCAACGCAUGGAGGACAUGAAGAAAUCCGAUGCCAAGCUGAAAAUGAAGGUCAUGGUCAAGCUGAAGCGAGCUGAGGAUGAGUUCGAAGUGGCGCGAAAAUGGGUUGAGGAAUGCAGGAAACGAGAGCAGGAAUUGGCCACCAAUGACGCAAAACCAUCAAACGUAACACAAACGCCAGUAAGUGAAAGUCAGAAAAUUUCCGAAAAGGGAUCUUCACCCAAAAAAGAGAGCACAAAGGAACACGGUGAGGUUGAUAAGGAAAAAUCCAAGAACAAGGAAACAAUCGGAGAUAUACUAAAAGCGGCAAUAAAAGCCAAAAUUGGCGAAAACGAGAAAAUCCUGGAGGAAGAUCAAGUGCCAGUGGAUGAAAAUUUAACAGAAAUACCCACUGAUCCAGAAAAGAACAAAGCAACAGGUAUAGAAACAGUUGCAGACAAAGAACAAAAUUUAACAAAAGGAAACAUUGUGAAGGGAGAAAGUAAGGAUGAAUCUCGAAAGGUGUCAAAAAAUGAUCAGAAAACCGAUUGUAAAGAAGAUUCAGGAGCUGAAAUGGUAUCGGGAAAAGAGGAUGGCUGCGGGACCGAAAAGGGACUAGAAAAAGAACAAGGUGAUACUGAAAAAAUGGAAGAUGAAAAUGGAGAUUCUGAAACAUCUUCUGAAAAUCCUACUUUAAUUGGGGAGGACGAAAAGAAGCUCCUCAAGGAAGGUAAUGAAAACAAAUCGCAAGAAUCUGAAAAGGUAGUGGUACUGGCACAGAUUGGUGGAGAAGCUUCCGCAAUAGCCCCAGCUAAAGCUGCAGAAGAAGAUGCCGAAGAACCUAAGGAUGCAGGUGCGGAGAAAGAAAAUUCGACUUCAGACGAUUUAAUCAUAGUUGAAACCUUGAACACUUCCAAACAAAUUGAUCAGUCUUCCGCAGGGGAACUCAUGGAAUGCAUGGACGUUACCGAACUUGAUGAAGCACCCAAAGAACUACUAGAUUGCGCUCUAGACGAAGUCAUUGCCAUGGAAGGCAUAGAGCUGAGUGUAGCAACGGAGGAGCUGAUGAAAGCAUUGGACAGUUCCAGCGGCCUGGCUUCCGAAAAUACAAACAAUAAUGAGACUGAUUUGGAUGCGAAUGAUUUUAUUGAAAAUCUCCCACUCGAAACAACGGAGCCACCCGAGAUCCUCUUGAAGGAGGAUGAGAGCAAGGCGGAAUCGCUGACUGAGAUUGGACUUCUCGAAACACCCAGCCCCGCCGAAAAUUGUGACACAGAAUUCGGAUCCACGCUUGAAGCAAAUGACUCUGCACCAGACGAGCCCGCCACGGCGCAGAUUGUUGGCUAGUUUGUGGUGAUCAUUUGAGGUCCCGCCGCAGAAGAAUCUUAGCUGUGGACCUCAAAACCUGCCAUUUAGUAUUUGUGCUGGAAUUGAAUGCAAUCAAAAAUAGCACAAUCCUUUUUUGUAUGUAAAUACUUUGAUCUGUUUCUCAUUGAAAAAAUUAUUGUUUUCUGCAUAAGGAAUAGUUUUUAUUUUAGAUAUUCACAUCAUUGAACCGCGUAUUCUUGAGAAUAUAAGUCGGGCACGUUAAUUGUUAAUAGCUUUCAAAUAAAAUUCUUUUGUACAAACCAAAUAAAAUUGACACAUCUGAAGG